CUCGUCAGUAUUUCCGAGCGGUGGAACGGAGGUCUUGUGAACAUAGCCGAAGAGUGAUUAAUCUCCUUCCGACUAAUUGCCGACUGCAUUAGCAGUAUUUUAUCGUCGUUGGCUCUAUUCAUCCUCGUCUUAACCUCGGCAUCUACGUAGCUGCCUUUGGAGGCUUUAAAACAUCUACAUUCACGUCUGUUUAGUCCCUGGUUUUUAGGUCAAGCAUCAAGUCAUCAACUUGCAAUGUCUACUAGUACGCCCAGUCGUGAAGGUGCCAUUCUCCCAAACGUCUGUUAUGUCCACGUCUCGACAGAAAACCUCGACGCCCGCACACCACCAGAAACAUGCCACCUCAUCUCCAAGUCCGGCAUCGCAAAAGCCAAGCUCUCCUGGCCAGACCUCAUCCUCAAAUCCUUCUUUGGCGGCAUCUUCAUCUCUCUCGGCUCCCUCUUCAACCUGGUCAUCGCAGGCGGCGCGCCCGGCCUCCGGGCCUCGAAUCCCGCCUUAGCCACGAUGCUCUCGGCAUUAACCUUCCCCAUCGGCUUCGUCUUAACCGUCUUCACGAACACGGAGUUGGUGACGAGCAACAUGGCAGUCGUCAUGUAUUCGACGCUGCAGCGCAAGACGAGCUGGUAUGACCUCGGAAAAAACUGGGUCGUUUCCUAUGUCUUCAAUCUUGCUGGGUGUUUGUUCUUUGCUGGAGUCUUGGCUUGGUGGACCGAUACGCUCGAGUCUAAUGCUCAGACUGAGUAUGCGGUUGUGCAGGCAGAAAAGAGGGUGAAUGUCAACUGGGGAUACAACUUCACUCGUGGGAUUGGUUGUAACUGGCUUGUGGGUUUGGCUGUGUACAUGGCUAUGAGCGGGAGAGACAUGCUGUCGAAGAUUCUGGGUAUUUGGUUGCCCAUUUGGACGUUUGUCUGCCUGGGAUACCAACACUCUGUUGCAAACUUCUUCCUCGUGCCCAUCGGCAUGUUCUACGGAACCAAUUUCGGCGUAGGUAAAUUCAUCUACCAAUCUGUUAUACCAGUCACGCUGGGGAACAUCGUGGGCGGUGCAGUCAUGGCAGGCGGAGUUCUAUGGUUUGUGUAUGGAAGGAACGACGACCUAGUUGACAAGAAGAACCGUCUGCAUAACCGAGAGCUGAAAACUGUUCCCGAGGCCGGUAUUAUCGAUCCCCACCAAGUUAUUGAAGGGAGAGACAGCGAGGAAACCGUUGCUGCGGAGAAUGAAAGUGAAGGAGUGAGACAAAGAAGGGGCGCAGAUAUGGUCUAGCAACACGACCGUGGCAAUGGGCAAACCACAUCCUAGGC